AUGGCCAAGACGCCCACGAGGACAAAUAUGCUCUGUAAACACUUGGGGGAACCCCACCGGCCAGUGUGGUUCCGGCACCCGGAUUUGCCUGAGACCACCCACCCAGGGCAGGCCCUGUCCUGUUCCCGACAUGGGCAUAAGGUGGUUGCGUUUGACAUCUCCGUGGUGAGAUCCCUGUGGGAAACGCGGGUGAAGAAGCACAAGGCGCGGCAGAAGAGGGAGGAAGAAAGGCUGGAGAAAAGCGCCCUGGAAAAGAUAAAAGAAGAGUGGGCCUUCGUGGCGGAGUGCCGGAGGAAGAGCAUACCUCAGAGCCGGUACUGCAGGAACGGCGUGGUGGACACCGGCGUGAGGCUCCUGGCCAGGAUGGAAGAGAACUCGCUGGGGGCCAGAGACGCGCAGAGCGGCCUGUUCGUGUUUGAACUGUCGGGCGAGCACUGGAAAGAGCUCCCGGGGUCGCUGAAGGAGCAGACGCACCUGAGAGAAUGGCGCAUACACCACACCCUGAUCAGAGUCAUUCCCACCUACAUCCAGCUCUUCCAAGCCCUGAGGUUCUGCAGUCCCAAAAACCAAAUCUCCCACCUCCCCGCUGAAAUGGGUCGUUUGAAGAACCUGAAGGAACUUAAUGUGAGUUUCAACCAUCUGAGCAGCAUCCCACCCGAACUUGGAGACUGUGCAAGUCUGGAGAGGCUGGAUUUUUGGAAUCUGGACUUGGCUGAGCUCCCCUUUGAAUUAAGUAACCUGAAGCAAGUUACCUUUGUGGACCUCUCGGCCAACAAGUUCUCCAGCAUCCCCGUAUGCGUGCUGCGCAUGUCUAGCUUGCAGUGGUUGGAUAUUAGCAGCAACAGCCUGAGCGACCUGCCUCAAGAUAUAGACAGACUGGAGGAACUGCACAGCUUCCUGUUGUACAAGAACAAGCUCACCUACCUGCCCCACGCCUUGCUUAAUCUGAAGAAGCUCGCCUUGCUGGUGGUCAGUGGGGACCACCUGGUUGAGCUCCCAACAGCUCUGUGUGAUUCCUCUACUCCUUUGAAAUUCGUAAGCCUUAUGGAUAAUCCCAUCGACAAGAGCCAAUGUGAAGAUGGCAAUGGACCCAUGGAAAAUGAACAGGACCGCCAACAUUUUGAUAAAGAAUUUAUGAAAGCCUAUAUUGAAGAUCUUAGAGAAAGAGAAUCCGUUCCUAGCUACACUACCAAGGUCUCUUUCAGCCUUCAACUUUGACAUCCAUCGUGGCAAAGCUGCAAGAGAGCAUUCACAAUCUUCUGGCGCGUCAAGGCUUUGUGUGUACCGCACAGCAUACAGGAACCACGACCAAACCUAGACACCAGUCAUAAGAAUACAUAUGCCAGCCGGGUGACAGUAGCUCACGCCUGUCACCCUAGCUACUCAGGAGGCUGAGCUCUGAGGAUCAUGGUUCAAAGCCAGCCUGGGCAGGAAAUGCCAUGAGACUUUUCCUCUCCAGUGAAUCAUGAGCCUUGGGUUUAUAUAAAUGAUUUCUAUAGUUGUGAAAUUAUAUUUCAGUAAGUUACUUUUCA